UGUAUUUUUUGAACAGAUUUGUGAGCAAAAUCCAAAAUAUGCCUACUGAAAUGGAAAAAGAAACUGAAAGCAAAUUAGCACUACUCAAUCGCAAGACGGAUUUGUCUCUCCAUCAAACUGAAGAGUUUUCGUCUGACGCAGACGAAAAGGAAAGCAUUAGUGUUGAAAAGGGCACUCCAGUUAAGAUAUUUCAAUUGAAAAGUGCAAAGAAUAAAAGUGUGAGCAUCGUACAGGUUCUCGAUUUUGUGAAUAAGAUUCCUAUUUACGAAAAUUUGUACGAAUGCCCAACAUGCAACUUAAGCAGAGUUGAUAAAUAUUUGUGGCCAUUUAUAAUUGCCAUUGUGGAGCCUGAACACCGAAUGUGUUUGUUAAAAGAGGAGCAGCACGGUAAAUGGCUAACUUCGCUAAAGGCGAAAGACUUUGUAACUGUACCUGGGCAAUUGUUUAAUAAGUCAAAUAAGCGAUAUGAGUGCAUUGUUCGCUAUAUUGGUCCUGUUCCGGAAUUAUAUCCAGUUGGCUACUUCUUUGGAUUAGAAGUACUGAAUGAAAAUACUUCGCCUCAAGCAGAGAAAAUACCAUUUUCUAAAACCUACAUGCACGUUGAACCAAAAUAUGCUAUAAUUACUACAGCGAAUUGGAUUCAUCCAACCUCGAGUGAUUUAAGAAAAAAAUAUCCUGAUUUUAUUGCAGAAACAAUUGGCAAAGUAAAAUCGGUCAUUGAAAAUAACACCAAUGUAUCGUCGUUAAAAAGAGAAAAAAAGACGAAACAGAAAGAGCCAACUGCUCUGUUUUAUGAUACAACCGAUAGCUAUACUAAUGCCAAUAGCAACGAGAGAGAGCGAAAAAAUAAUGAAUUUGAACUAAUAAACGAUAAUGGAGAGUACAGAGAGGUAAAUAUGCAAAAUGAAAAAAAGUCUGAGCGUCGUAGGAGUUCGGUUCAAACACAAACCAAACACCCAUCGAGUAUACUAAAGAAUAAGAGAAGUAAUUCAGCGAUCCGCAAGGAGCAGAAUACGAAAUCAACCUCGCAUAUGGAUUUAGAUGAACCCGAACUUUUCUAUAUUGAUGGAUAUAAUAAACAAGACCCUGUUAUUGUUCUUGAUAAGAAUGAAAUUGACUUUACCGAUUUAUUGGGUACUUCUUGGCCAAAACAUGCAGGUGGUUUAGGCUCGAUAUUAGAUCGAUCUACUGCCCGACUCUUACGUGGAGGGCAGGAGAAGCGGUAUUCAAAUGAAGCAAUUAGAAGUGCAUCUGCCAAGAACGCUAUAGAAAAAGACAACGAAAAUAAGCUAACAACAGUUGCAACAAUCAAGGAGAAUGACUCGAAAAAUCAAAAUUUUUGCUAUUCCAAUGUUGAAGGUCAAAAUCCUCCGUCAAUGGAAAUGGUGCCUGGAACAACUUUGACUAUUGGUUCGUUGGUCACAGUAGAUACGCCGACCGCUAACGAGUACGGUGUAAUACGUUGGAUCGGCAUUCCACCUGGGAAGACAUCUAUUAAAGUGGGCGUCGAAAUGGAAGAAGAAAAUGAGGAUAAUAAUUUUCAAGAUCAUGAUAUCGCCUGCGAUACAUUAUUUAAAAGUUUUGAGGGCCGAGGGCGUUUUGUUAGUCCAGAACGAUGCAAAAUUGAUCCCCGUUACAGUAAUGCGGAUACUUGUAAUAUAGUCGCAAAAGAUACCACCAGUAGUGAUAUCGAAAUAGAGAAUGGAGCGCAAGUUGAAAACGCUGCAAUGUUCGGGCAAAAGAAUAGUCCGGUUAUACCGGGAGCGGUGGCGCCUAUAAAGUGUUUAAGCCUGGAUUGCUUGGAUGGAUUUUGCGGUAAAUUUAAAGGUAUCCAAGGACAUCACAAUUCCUGUUAUUUGGAUGUAACACUUUUCUCAAUGUUUGCGUUUACAUCAGUCUUUGACGCUAUACUCUUCCGUGCGCGCGAGUCACAAGAUAUUAAAAGCUAUACUGAAGUCCAAACAGUCUUGCGAGAAGAAAUUGUAAAUCCUCUGCGUAAAUACAUGUUUGUGCGUGCUGAUCGUGUCAUGAAAUUGCGAAAAUUGUUAGAGAAACUUAGUUCAGUAAGCGGCUUAACCAGUGAGGAGAAAGAUCCCGAAGAAUUUUUGAAUUGUUUAUUAGCUCAAAUUAUGAGAGCAGAACCCUUUCUGAAGCUGAAUUCUGGUCAGGAGACGUAUUAUUAUCAGUUGUUUGUUGAGAAGGACGAGCAUUUAUCGUUUCCGAGUGUUCAACAAUUAUUUGAACAAAGCUUUUGGGCGUCCGAUAUCAAAUUGAACGAUGUUCCCUCUUGCUUGAUUAUCCAAAUGCCACGAUUUGGAAAAAAUUAUAAAAUGUAUUCACGUAUAUUACCCUCACAAGUGUUAGAUGUUACAGACAUUAUUGCAAAUUCUCCGCGACAAUGUACGGUAUGUGGCAAAUUGGCGGAGCACGAGUGCCGCGACUGUUUUGGCGUAAUACAAAGAGGUUCUGGCUUAGAAUCUACUGCGUUUUGCUCUCUGUGCCUUAAAACUGUUCAUUCGCAUGUUAAAAGAUCUAGUCAUACUUCUCGGGCGUUAGAAAUCCCGCAAGAUUUUCGUCUUAUGGCCGAUAAUACGACAAUACCUCGUCUUUAUAUGGAACUUUUUGCUGUAGUAUGCAUCGAAACAUCACAUUAUGUGACAUUUGUAAAGUCUGGCUCUGGACCGGAUGCUCCUUGGUGUUUCUUCGAUUCAAUGGCGGAUAGAAAUGGUGAACAGAAUGGUUAUAAUAUACCUGAAAUGGUAACUGUACCGGAUAUGCCGCAAUGGUUGUCCGAAGACGGAGCGCUUUUUGUACAUGAGAGCUCGUCCACCGACAAAAUGUUACCCGAACAUGCGAAACGCUUAUUUUGUGACGCGUACAUGUGCAUGUAUCAGAGCCCAGACGUCAUGAUGUAUCGUUAGCGCUGGCUUUCAUUUUCUUCAAACAACUACUUAGUUUCGUUUUACGUUACACUUUUUGUUUUGCGAUUUUAAUAAGAUGAUGCCAAUGUUUUUUUUUUUUUUUUUAUUAGCAAUAAUUUAAUCAAUAAAUGACAUAUAUUUAUACAUGU